AUGAGCGAUUUACAAAAGGCCUGGGCGAAGGCCAAGCUCAGCGCCCUCGAGCCCUUCGACGAGGCGUCAGAGAUGGGAGAAGCUGAGGAGGAGGCAGACGGCCUGGGUGAGUUGCCGGAGCCGAUAGAUGACGAUUCGAGCUCGGCGAGCUCGGCGAGCUCUACGGGGACGGUUAUUCCGUCGCCUAGUCAGAGGCUGUUUGCGAGACCGCAAGCCGUCGACCGAGGCAAGAACCUCUCCCAAAUCCCCUGGACAACCUACUUCGAGCGCGAACUCUUCCUCAAAGCCCCCGACUCCACCAUCACCCACCACGCCUACCUCAACUCCCCCAGCGGCAAAUCCCCCCUCUUCGUCUUCCACCACGGCGCCGGCUCCUCCGGCCUCUCCUUCGCCGUCCUCUCCUCCGAAAUCCGCAAACACAUGCCCUCAGCAGGCAUGUUAUCCCUCGACGCGCGUGGCCACGGCUCGACGACCGAUUCCUCAGGCGCCGCUCUGGACCUCAGCCUCGAGACGCUGACGGCGGACUUACUCUUUGUGAUCCGCGCGGCGCGCGAAAAGAUGCACUGGGCUGAGCUGCCACCCAUCGUGCUCGUGGGCCACUCGCUAGGCGGCGCGGUGGUUACGAACCUGGCGAGGCAAGGGACGUUGGGCAACGCCGUUUUGGGGUUCGCCGUGCUGGAUGUGGUGGAGGGGUCGGCUAUGGACGCGCUCCAGAGCAUGAUUACGUAUCUGUCGACGAGGCCGGCGGGAUUUCCGACUUUGCAGGCGGGGAUUGAUUGGCAUGUGAGGAGUCGGACGGUGAGGAAUCUCGUGUCGGCGAGGACGUCCGUACCAGCGCUGCUUGUGAGAGAUGAAGAGGAGGAUGGUGAGGACGGUGGGAGGAGGCCUUGGAAGUGGAGGACGGAUUUGGCGGCUACGCAGAAGUUUUGGGAGGGUUGGUUUGUGGGGUUGAGUAAGAAGUUUUUGGAGGCGAGGGGAGGGAAGUUGUUGAUUCUGGCGGGGACGGAUCGAUUGGAUACUGAGUUGAUGAUUGGACAGAUGCAGGGCAAAUAUGCACUGCAGGUUUUCCCCGAGGCGGGACACUUUAUCCACGAGGACGUGCCCGAGAAGACGGCGAUGAUGCUGGUGGAUUUCUACCGGAGGAAUGAUCGGAGUCAGUUGGUCUUACCACCAAAAGUGUCCGAGCUGUUGAAGCAGGGAAAGAGGGUUUGA